AUGAGAAAUUUAAGGGAAAAACCGGGCCAGCGAGGUUUUGCAUUCUGCUGCUCGGCAUCGGCGAUUCUGCUGCUCGGCAUCGGAUUGCUGGCUGAAGUUUCUGGCACAAGUGCAGCAGCAUCAGGACCGGUGCUAGGACCAGCAGCAGCAGCAGCCGCAACUCGAUCCGAUCCACUAUCGGCAGCCCAGGCUUACUUCGAUGCCGUUGCACCGGAAGAUCGAGAAAAUUUCAUCAAGUUUCACCUGGACAAGGCGCUGGAGCAACGCAUACCGUACUACAAGAGCAGCACACCGCAGGAGUUCACCACCUACCAAGACUCGCAGGAACCGGAGCACUUUUCCGUCAACCUGUUGGACCACUUCAUGACCUCGUUCGGGCUCGACCAGCUCGAGGUGUACGAGUUUGUCGCGCUCGGCAUCAUCUGCUUUCCGUCCGGCUGGUGCUUCAAUCCGGACGACGUCGGUAACAUCUGCUGCCCGUUCUGA